AUGAGACCAGUUUUAUUUGAAAUAAGGCUAAACACCUGUGAGGAUGGUACAGUAGUUAUGAAUGGGCCGCCAGAAGAUUCUCCAUCGGUUUUUCUUGCUGGAAGUCUGGUGCUUUCGAUUACUAAGCCGAUCUUCGUUAAGCUUGUUUCUUUGGACUUGUAUGGGAAGUUAAUUAUAUCUUCUGACACAUUGUCCCAAGGAAUCAGGUUUAACUUGCAUAAGCCAUUGAAGCAUACCAAAACUGUUUACCAUCAUAGUUGGGGGCACAAUGAGUUAUGGUCCAAUACCAAAUUUCGGACUGGGAUUGAUCUACCUGUGAGACCUAGUGAUAAGCCACUUUCUAGGCUUGGAAGCCUACGUAAAUGCGCGAAAGCUUUAAAGUUAACUGACAUGGAUGACAUAGAAGACGGUAGUAGAAUUCUUGAUAAAGGCAAUUACGAGAUCCCUUUUAGUGUACUUUUACCAGGUUCCUUAGAGGAGAGUGUUGAAGGACUAGACAACGUUUCAUUGAGGUACAGUUUGAUCGCAGUAAUUGAGAGAGGCAGAUUUCGUAGGCGCUUUAAGUGCAAAAAAAAUAUCAAGGUUAUACGAACACUUACACCGGAUGCCUUGCAGUUAACGCAAACUACUGGUUUAGAUAAAACCUGGGCAGGAAAGGUGGAUUAUUCUAUAUAUAUCCCAGCAAAGGCGGUUGCAAUUGGAGAUCUAAUACCAGUCCAUAUAAAACUUGUACCCCUUGAAAAGGGUCUUAGACUGGGUUCAAUUCAAGCCAGCGUCAUAGAACAGCUUACAAUUGUCACCCCCGAUAUACCGAAGAAGCAAACUCGAAGGCUCGUUCAAACCGUGUACUUUAAUCAUCGUUGGUUAUCAGUUAACUCGGGGGAUGAGGAGCCUGCUGGCAACCCUCCGGAAUGUUGGGAGAUUGACGGUAAGAUACAGCUUCCACCUUACUAUACUGCAUGUGUUCAAGAUUGCAAACUACUCGAUGUUUUAAAGAUCCGUCAUCAUCUGCGGCUAGUGAUUAAUUUCCUAGAUCUUAAAGGCCACGUCUGGAAACUGCGGACGUCGUUACCUUUCCAGUGCUUCAUAUCCCCGUCCAUUCCACUUACCGAAUGCCCUGAUCGCAAAAAGUUUCUAAUAACUUAUUCUGACCUUGAAAUAUCCGCAAACCAACCCCUUUUCGCUCAUAGUAAACCCAGUCCUCCUUUAUACGGCCGUCAUAUAUCCGAUACACUGUGGAACGAGGAACAGCUUAAUAAUAUAGCAAUAACAACUGAAUCGGCGGGUCCAAGCAUACCUCUUUCUCCUAAUUGUUCCAUGACCUUAAGUAUGUCAUCUAUGCAUGAAGUUCAGAGAACUCAUGCUGACCAUGAGGGAACUAGUCCAUCAUGGGCCAACCUUGGCAAUAAUAGUAGUAUUAACAAUAUAAGGCCGUCUUUCGUUGACAGCGUAAUAUCUGCGGAGCAAACCGUGCGCACGUUCUCAUCACUCAGAUCAUCUGUGGAAAACACACUCACUGUAGUGCCUUCAUAUGAAACUGCUAUUAAGACAACAUACGUAGGUCAGGAGUUUCCUCCAGAAUACCCACCGCUAUGUAAAGGUUUAAGGCCUGGUAAAUGCUUUAGAUGCCGUAAUUUAAGUAUAUAG